AUGGUCGCAGCACAGCAAGUCAAGGUCCCGCCGAGCGGCAUUUGGGCACCCGCCAUCACCUUCUUCGACAAUGACCAACUUACGCUCGAAGUCCAGACCAAAUACUACAAAUACCUCGCGCAGACAGGGCUGGCGGGGCUGGUCAUCAUGGGCACGAACGGCGAGACGUUCCUGCUGACAGCGCAGGAGCGGGCGACACUCAUAGCGACGGCGCGCAAGGCGGUCGGGCCAGACUUCCCCAUCAUGGCCGGGUGCGGCGCGCACAGCACGGCGCAGGUGCUGGGCCAUAUCGAGGACGCCGCGGCGGCGGGGGCCGACUACGCGCUGGUGCUGCCGCCAGGCUACUUCGGCAAGGCCAGCACGCCGGCCGUGGUGGAGCGCUUCUUCGACACGGUGGCCGAGAAGUCGUCGCUGCCCAUCGUCAUCUACAACUUCCCGGCCGUCACCAACGGCGUCGACCUCGACAGCGACCUCAUCGCGCGUCUGGCGCUGCGGCACCCGGGGAAGAUCGUCGGCGUCAAGCUGACGUGCGGCAGCGUGGCCAAGGUCGUGAGGCUGAGCGCCGCGCUGCCCGCCGACCGCUUCGCGACGUUCGGCGGCCAGAGCGACUUCCUGCUCGGCGCGCUGGCGUCGGGCGCCGCGGGCUGCAUCGCCGCCUUCGCCAACAUUGCGCCGCGCACCAUUGUGCGCAUCUACGACUUGUGGAAGGCCGGCAAGGCGGACGACGCGCUCGAGCUGCACAAGAAGGCCGCCCUGGCGGAGAACCCGUGCAAGGCCGGCAUCGCCGUGGUCAAGUUCGUCGCCGCCCACUUCACGGCCAAGAGGGCCGGCAUCGAGGGCGCGGCCAAACUGGCCCUGCCCCGGGAGCCGUAUGCCGGGCCGGCUGAGGGCGUCAAGACGGCGACGCUGGGAGCGUUGGCGGAGAUUCAAGAGAUCGAGGAGGGCUUGGUGAAGGCUGGGUGA